AGGUGAUUAAACCCGAAGAACACAAAAAAUAGGCAGAAGGCAUACAUAUAUAGAAAAAAUGGAAGAUAUAUUGAUGCCUGAAGGAGAGAAAGUUUCCAUGGAGAACUUUGCUCUCCUCAGAGUUCUUGGAAAAGGAGCAUAUGGAAAAGUAUUCCUUGUGCGAAAAGUUGGUGGAAAGGAUCAUAAUACUAUAUAUGCUAUGAAAGUGUUGAGAAAGACCAGAGUGCUCACAAAACAAAAAACCCUGGAGCACACAAUGGCAGAGCGUCAAGUACUUGAACGUCUACGUGGAACACCAUUUCUUGUCAAUUUGUUCUAUGCUUUCCAAACUGAUACCAAAUUGCACAUUGUAAUGGAAUAUGUGAGAGGAGGAGAAUUAUUCACACAUCUUUGCUCGAGAGGUCAUUUUGAUUUAGAAGCUGCUAGAUUUGUAAUUGCUGAACUUGUGGUUGCAAUUGAUAGUCUUCAUCAAAGAAAAGUUAUUUAUCGAGAUUUGAAGCUUGAGAAUAUUUUAUUGGACGAAGAAGGACACGUUAAGUUGACAGAUUUUGGAUUAAGUAAAUUGUUUCUACCCGGAGAGUUGGAUAGAGCCAAUUCAUAUUGUGGAACUAUUGAAUAUAUGUCGCCAGAAGUAAUCAAUCGCCCUGAAGGAGGAUACAGUGAUGUUGUCGAUUGGUGGUCUUUGGGUGUAAUUUCAUUUGAAUUGCUCACUGGAUGCUCACCAUUUACUGUAGAUGGAGCACAAAACUCUAGUAAAGAUAUUGCCAAACGAAUUAUGACAAAGAAGGUCCCUUUCCCAAAAACUAUGGAUGUUGAUGCUCGCGAUUUCAUCGGCCAAUUGUUGGAAAAGAAACUUGAAAAACGUCUCGGAUACAAUGGAGUUGAUGAAAUUAAAAAUCAUAAAUUUAUGUCAAGUAUUGACUGGGAUGCAGCUGUUAAGCGUACAUUGAAGCCAGUGAUUGUUCCAAGAAUUGGACAUGAUUUGGAUACACAGUUCUUCUCAGCUGAAUUCACUUCUCAGCCACCAUUAUAUUCUCCUGCAGAGUCACCAUUAAAUGCUAAUACUCUGUUUAGAGGAUACUCAUAUGUCUCCCCAUCUGUUAUAUUUGCCAAUGACAAUGUUAUCGGUGAAGAACUAAUGGCUGAAGAUGUCAAUGCACUUCUCGCGAGUUCUUCAUUUUUUGCCAAGUACAAACUAGACAAGUCGGACGCUGGUCUUUUAGGAAAAGGAGCUUUUUCGGUGGUCAGACGAUGCGAACGCGUAGUUGACGGAGCCCAGUUUGCAGUCAAAAUCGUAUCACAAAAGUUCGCAAGUCAGGCUCAACGUGAAGCACGAAUUCUUGAAAUGGUUCAAGGACAUCCGAAUAUUGUUCAACUUCAUGAUGUACAUUCGGAUCCUCUUCAUUUUUAUCUCGUCAUGGAGAUUCUGACUGGAAAUGAGCUGCUCGAGAGAAUUCGAAAAUUGGAACGAUUUACAGAGAGUGAAGCAGCAGACAUCAUGCGGCAGUUGGUAUCAGCUGUGAAAUAUCUUCAUGAUAAAAGAAUUGUUCAUCGAGAUUUGAAACCAGAGAAUAUUCUAUUUGAAAGUAUCGAUUCAAGUGCCCGCCUUCGUCUAGUCGAUUUUGGAUUUGCACGUCUACUUCCAAAUUCAAUGGAACAACAACUGAAGUCUGUUCAAGUUCUGCGCAAGAUGACCCCCUGCUUCACACUACAGUAUGCUGCUCCAGAAGUUUUAGAUGUUGGAGAUUCUCAACCAGAAUACAACGAACAAUGUGAUUUAUGGUCACUUGGAGUUGUACUGUUCACAAUGCUAUCGGGUCAAGUUCCAUUCCAUGCACGUUCUCGUCAAGAAUCGGCAACUGAAAUAAUGCAGAGAAUUUGUAGAGCAGAAUUCUCAUUCACAGGAGACGCAUGGACAAACGUGUCAGCAGAUGCUAAGAAUUUAAUAACCGGUCUUCUUACUGUGGAUCCAAAGAAACGUCUUUCAAUGCAAGAGCUUACAGCUCAUAUGUGGCUCAAGUCUUCGGCUUCAAUGGAUACACCACUUCAAACUCCUAGUAUUCUGCCAUCAUCAGCAGGUAAUGAAACAUUCAAUGAGACACUGCGCGCAUUCCUCCACGCUAAUCGUGAUGGAUUCCAUCUUCUCGAUGUUGCUGCUGCUCCUCUCAUGAAACGACGCGGAAUCAAAAGACAAUCUGGGGACAAGGAUGCUUCUGGAAACUCGAAAAAUUCGCGAGUUACCCAAUUCGAGUGUCUUCCGGAAGAACAAGAAGCAGAGAUGACAUCAUCAACAUCCCGUCCAAGCAAUUUGGGAAUGAUGAACUAUCGAGAACCAAAUUCUGGAACAAUCCGAGAAACUCGUGGCUCAGACUCCUCCUAGACCUUUUUCUUUGUUUCUUUUAAUUUUUCUUCCUUUCUGUUCCUGUUUCUCUCACUGUUUGCGUUGUGAUUCUUUCGUCCUAGAUGCUUUCUAGUCUGUACUCUCUCAUUAUUCUCACUAUUUUACAAAUUUUCCGUCACCUGACACUUGUGGCAUUGCCUUCUCUAUGAGUACAGUUGCUGAAAUGUUCAUUGAACCUGUAGUGAUUGUCAUUUGUUAGAUAUUUCGCAUUUCUAGUCAAUCCUCUACCAAUUUUGAAAAAUAUUGUGAUUCGUGCAUUUCAUUUUAUGUUAUUAUAUCUAGUCUCAUGUAAAUUUCUAAUUUUUUAUAAUCAUUUUGUUAGAUACACAUAUCUUUAUUCAUCCACCUAUCCCCAUGUAAUCUUUUCAUUGUCUCCAGUGACUCCCUGAACUCUUGAACCAUUUCCAGAAAUUCUUCCAUGUUUUGCGAUGAGCAUGAUUGACUUGCCAAUCGACUUUUUGAAAGAUUAAUAAAAUUAAGUAAUUCGU